AUGACACAGAAUAAUGCUACUAGCACAACAAACACCAAGACACGCUUCCUGAUAUGCUCGGACACCCAUGGAAUCGACAGUUUACCUGGCUUCAUUCCGUCCGUGAAGCAACAUGCAGACGUUGCCAUUCACUGCGGAGAUCUCACCACCCAAUCUCAACUCCACGAAUACAAAGCGUCAAUCUGUUUGCUCCAGGCCAUCAACGCACCUUUAAAGCUUAUCAUAGCAGGAAACCACGAUUUCACAAUGGACAUACCAAUGUUCCACAAAAAGGUCGCAGAGGCCCAGCCAUUAGGGUGUGAGCUCGUUGAGCAAGUGUACGGAUAUGACGGGGAGGCUAGGAGGUUAUUUGAAGGCACAGGGAUUACUUUCCUCGACGAAGGCGUACACUCUUUCCAGUUACAGAAUAGCGCUUUGCUGACUGUUUAUGCCAGUCCAUACACGCCAUCGCUUGGAGAUUGGGGGUUUCAGUACCACCCCGAUGAUGGCCAUGACUUUAUGAUCGACAAUGGCAGUGGUACUAAUACCGUGGAUGUUGUGAUGACACACGGGCCGCCGAAGGGAAUCAUGGACUACACUCACUCCGGUGAACGGGCAGGCUCCCCUGACCUCUUUCGCGCCCUCGCUCGCGCCCGCCCACGACCACGCAUGCAUUGCUUCGGUCACAUUCAUGAAGGCUGGGGUGCGAAACUUGUUACGUGGCGUGACAGAACUACCGCCAUGCCCUCCCACCUAACGGAUAUCGACAACGGACAGUCUUGUCCUAUAGCGAAGCUCUCCGACAUGAAAGACGGAACUAGACAAAGCUUGAGCGGGGACGGCGCGCCUAUGAAGUACCUCGCUACUAGCCACUGUUCUGGGGAUACUCAUCCACUGAACUGGGGUUCUCAAACGCUGUUUGUGAAUGCUGCCAUUGUGGGGACGCCCCAAGGCAUGGAUAACCAGAAAGAGAAUCUAUCGAUGCAGCUACCAUGGGUUGUUGACCUUGAACUCCGAUCUUCUCCCUGA